AAAAAAAAAAAUGUUGGAGUUGCUGGUGCGUAUUUAACCAUCCCGCGUGAUUUGAAUUUGAUUGUACAAUUUCGUCGUCGCUUCUGAAUUGUUUGGUGGACUUUUUUUUUAUUUUUUUAUUUAUUUUUUUUUUCGGUUCCGUUUGUUUGUUGUUUUAUUCUGUGCAGGUUGCCUCUUCAUAGAAGCUGGGGGCACAAUUUCAUGGACAAGAGAAAGAGAGAGAAAAAAAGCAGUUAGAAAGAUAGAGAGCAAUAUUCAAAGUUAUUCCAAACACGCCAAGCAUUCUUUUUUUCUUCUCUCCUUUAACUCUACACCGCUCAUCCACACACAGAGUGAGAGUGUGUCCAUAUGAAAUAUCUGGCUGCAUUCCUCACCUAAUUGAGCACGAGCCCUUCGCCGCAUUCCCCCAUCACCUUUCGAGUUAUUGAAGAUCGAAAUUCAUAUAUAGCCUCCAUGUCGAAGUAAUUAGGAUGGGACUUUCCCUUGCCCUCCUAAAUCUUUUUUUCCCCCUCUAACCGACCGCAACAAAUAUCCACCCAUCAUAAAAGUAGAGGGGAAUGGAGGGAAAAUGCAACGAUAAAGAAUGGAAACGAAAGUUCCAUGACAUUCAGAUGGAAUGUGAAGAAUCUCUGGGUCGUGAGUUUCGCGCGCGCGCUUCCAAGCACCUGUUUUUCUUUGGAAUUUCCUUUUGAUUGUUUUCUUUGUAUAACGGAAUUGUUUUUUUGUAAAAAAAAAAUUAAAAAAAAAAAAUAAAAAAAAAAUGGUGACUGAGACCUAAGAUUCAACCGAGCUACCGGUCUUGAGCCGCCAAGACUGUCUACAGGCUAGGUUUCCCCCCCCUCUGCCUACGUUCUUUUUGAAUGGGUUUUCUCAUUCUUACCUUAAUGGCUUUAGUCAUGGACGACUUUGACAAGUGGAUUAACACCAACUUUGGCUCGACUGCUGAACACCUGAUGAAUGAUAAACAUCCCCGUAUGUUUUUGUUUUCAAUCUAGAUGAACCCGGUUGUUGUUCUCCUGCUGGCUCAGAUGGUAGCGGCUCAACCUGUAGCGCUGCCUAACCCACUCGAUGAAUGGAACACCAGGCCGACCGGCAGCAGCAGAGUAACAGAGACAGAUGCCCAGCCAAUCAGAACCCGGAGUCUGCCUCAACCAUCACAAUCAACAUCUGGAAAUCACGCUGGGCCAUUCAAUACCAAAAAUGGUGAAACAGUCCUUAGCGUGAGCAGUGACAAGUCGAAAAAUGGGACCAACAAAAUUAUCACGACGACCACAACGACGGAACCUUCAACACAGCAGGCCACGGUUGACAUAGAAACUUUACCAGGAUUCUGGUUGAAAAAUCCCAACAAAGUAGAGGAAUCAACUGGAACACCUUACGAAGUCGAUUAUCGCACAGAGCGAUAUCGAUUAGACGAUCUGCUUCAAUUAAAUAAGAAGCGCAAAAAUUUUGGCCACCUUUAUGAAGACGAAGAAAACCAUUAAGAGAAGGAUAGGAAUUCCAAUGAAGUAACUUUCUUACAACAACAAAAUAACUAACCUCUCAGAACUCCAUAUCGAAAGACGAGCACCACAACAAUAAUCAACUCAACUCUUUUUGUUUCUGUUUGGUUUCGUAUACGGGCAAAGGUAAGUGUGCAUAAUAACUUACCGUUCAGGAGGUUAUGACCGCGCCCACCUAUGGAAGAUGGUCAUCAUUUCCCUUCCCAUCUCUGUGGAAUGCUGAAAAGAGCCUCUUCAACCUUCCCAACACACUCUCAAGUGUGUAAUUUGUAUAUGUGUGCGUGAGCACCCGCUCUUUGUACUGACAAAAAGAAAAAAAAUAAGUGUUAUUUGCGUUAUAUAUCAUGAAUGUAAAUACAUUGCUAUUCGUUAUUGGA